AUGAUCAUUCAUACUACUACUACUACUACUACCACUACUACUACUACUACUACUACUACUACUACUACUACUACUACUAUUACUACUACUACUACUACUACUACUACUACUACUACUACUACUACUACUACUACUACUACUACUACUACUACUACUACUAUUACUACUACUACUACUACUACUACUACUACUACUACUACUACUACUACUACUACUACUACUACUACUACUACUACUACUACUACUACUACUACUACUACUACUACUACUACUACUACUACUACUACUACUACUACUACUACUACUACUACUACUACUACUACUACUACUACUACUACUACUACUACUACUACUACUACUACUACUACUACUACUACUACUACUACUACUACUACUACUACUACUACUACUACUACUACUACUAAAUUGGCAUUUGGUGCUGAUUGCUUGAUUCAUGGUAUUAAUAAUAAUAAUACUCGUCUUUUUAUAUUCUCUAUUACAGUACUUUAUCAAUUCGCCUUGGAUAAUCGAAUAGUUUGGACAGCUGGACAAAAUUGUUAUUUUCCAAGUUUUGUACAUCAUUCACAUGAAUCAAUUUGGAUGACAGAUUAUGGUUUAAAUAAUUUACAUCAACAAUCUCAAAAUAGUAAUAAUGACAACAACAAUAAUAAUAUUAAGAAAACGUCAUUAUUCUAUUCACUUCAGUUACCGGAAGAAUUGUACAAUUACAAAUUUAAUUUUUUAAAUUUACAAUAUGGUUGGUUACAAAUGUUAUUUACAAGAGAUUCACAUCAUGCAUGGUUAUUCUUAUCAUGCCAUCAUAUUCUUUAUACAAAACAUCAGAUAUUUUUUGCUUCAUUAAAAGAUUACUUAACGAGUAUUUGCAGUGUAGAUGACCAAACUACUUACAAAAGUAAUAGUAGUAAUAAUAUACAUUGGUUUAGUGCUACAAACAGCAGAAGUAUGAAUUAUACAAAAUUAAUGUAUAAUAAUAAUAAUAAUAAUAAUAAUAAUAAUAAUAAUAAUAAUAAUAAUAAUAAUAAUAAUGAGAAUGAGAAUAGUAAUCCUACAAGCAGUUUACAAGCAUCAUUAGGUUAUGUGAAACUAUCAUGUUCUUGGCAAUCCGGUAAAAAUAUUUAUUUAGUACAAUUUACACAUCCUAAAGGAAAAUCCAUUUAUCAAUGUGUUAAAUUUGAACUUAUCAAUGAAAUAGAUUCAGUAUCAGUGUUUAAUCUAUUUUUAAGUGAAUAUACCUCACCUACAGCUGAUUUAACAUUGUGUCAUCCUACAGCGUUUAAAUAUGAUUCAUCAAAAUGGAUUGCCAGUCUAUCUCCAAAUACAGAAAUUAGCAAAACAUUAUGCCCAAUAUCAGGUGGAUUUCAAAUAAGUCAAAUACUAGAUUUAAAAAAUAAUGAAGUCCUAUGUGAACCUCACGUUUAUUCGACUUUGGAAAGUGAGUGCAUGUCAGGUGAAGGUAUCUUAUGGACAUUUUUACAACCUCAAUGUAAUCCAUUUGUACAAAACUAUAAGACUCACUUUCAAUGUCAUUCAACAUGGAAACUGAAUAAUUUGAAUUAUAUUCUCAUCUAUCAACAAAUAAAUCAGUAUACUUAUGAAUUUUAUCAACUGGUUUAUUUACAAUUACCAGAGGAAUUAUCAAUAGAAUCAAAAACUUAUGAAAAAUUUUCACCAAUAUGGAUUAUUUAUGGUUUACAAUUAAAUAAAAUAAUUGAACAAAUAAUAAUUAAUCGUAUUUAUACAUGGAAUUCUAUUGAACGUUAUAGUUCUAAAUCAAAAAAUAUUGUAUUAUAUAAUACAAGUAUCAAACUAUAUGAAGUACAAAUUCGAAGAGCAUUUGGAAAUUGUGAUGAUGAACGUGUCAGUUGUACUCAUGGUUGCGAACAUAAUGCAAGAAAUCAAUUUUUUUGUCAUAGAAGUUGUCUAGUUCCAGGACAGACUUGUGGUAACAUUAUUCAUGAUUCGUGUAAAUUUCAUCCAAAUUAUUAUGGUACAUGGGAUUUAAUUGAACCGAGUUCAAUUCAAGAAUCAGUGGGAUAUGAACAUCCAAGUAGUCGUUUAAUGGCUCAGUUUUUCAUUAAAAAUGACAAAUUAAUUAUAUCUUCAGUAACUGGUAUAUCGUAUACUAUGGAUUUGUAUUGUGUUAAAGAAAUACAAGAAUCCUUAUAUGAUCGUUAUAUUCUACGAAGUGAUUAUCAAACAAAUGGAUGUUAUUCCAGAGAUCUAUGUUUAGAAAUCUAUCGUGGUAAUAAAAAUGAUUUCGAAACAUCAUCAAAUGUCAAUGCAAUACUUUAUAGAAUGUCUGUCGGUGGUAAACAUCUUUUAACCGAUAUAUGUCAAUUCAAUAAUGAUAAUCAAUUAUAUGGUCGAACAAUUUAUCCAUUAAGAGGAAAUAUAUUAAUACGAAAUACAGCGGAUAAAAAAUCUAUCACUCCUACUGGUAUUACUAAAUGUGGACUAUAUCAAAUACGUCUUACUGGUAAAUUGUUUAUUCUCAAUACUGAACCAACACAGUUUGGUAGUCAGGAAGAUCUGUUUAAUGUCACAAAUAAACAAUCUAUUAAUAAUCGUUUGGGAAAAGAUGAUCAUACAAAUAUAAUGUCUCAUAUAAAUGGAAAGUUAUUAAAUACAUAUGAAGCUAAUGAUGAUAAAAGCUAUCAAGGACCAUGUUCAAUAGAAAUCAGUGAUUUCAAUCCAAAUCUAGGUAUCUCUGGUGAAUUCGAUAAUACACUAAGAAUUAGACAUUAUUGUGAAUCUACCAUUUAUCCUAGUAUAUUUAAAUCAGAUCAUCAAUGUAUUGCAUCGUUUAAUAUUGAUGGAAUUUCAACUAUUUCCUCAUCUUAUUUCUUACUUAUCACAUAUCUUAAAAUUACAGAUCAGUAUUAUUGUCUAAUCAUUGAAAUCAACAGAAAUAAUGAUGAUAUGAAUAAUAAUAAUGGUAAUAAUCAUAGCAAUCAAAAUUACACAAUCUUUAUGUAUCAUUCACCUCAGUGUCAAUAUGAAACUACACCAUUUGAAGCUAUUAAAUUAGAUGAAAAUAAAGCAUUUGCAAAAUUAUUACUCACUUCAACACAAAGACAAAAUGACAAUUCUAUAAGUAGUAGUAGUAAUACCAUUAUAACUCCAAUAUUGAAAUCAUUCAAUAAAAGUUUUUAUUUAUCAUCUAAUAAAUUAACAAGACCAAUUCAACAAUAUACAACAAUUCAUAAUGAUUAUCAACAACAAAAUUUGACACGUUUUAAAGCGUUACGUUUUCUAUCGAAACCAAUUAAAAAAACGCGAAGUUUCUUUAUCAUCAAUAAUCAAUCCUCAUCAAUCUAUUCAACUAUUUCUUCUUAUAAUUAUUUAUUAUUAUUUUUAAUUAUAUUUAGAAUUUAUUGUUAA